GUUACGUGUCUCGGUGUUGCAGGGAAUUCUGUCCCCUCAACUCACCUGAUUAAUUAUAAUAAAAAUAUAUUUUCACAGAAGAGAGACAUAGGGAGUGGAGAGAAAGAGAUUUGUGAUUUGAGACACAGCCCGAGUGUUUGUUUCCUCUUUCCCCUGCAAUUAAACUGAACUCGGUGUGCGCAUGCGCGUGUAAAGGUCUUUUUGGAGUUGCAGACUAAAGUCCUUCCCUGGUCGGUGCUGGUGUCGGUGUCGGUGCUGGUGCAGGUACAAGCCUUUGAAAAUAUUUGUGUGGCCAUGAGCGCGAGCCAGAUGAUGAAGGUGUUUGUGACCAGACGCAUUCCACAGGAGGGCAUGAAGCUGCUGCAGAAAGCCUCCAUGUGUGACGUGUUGCUGUGGGACUCUGAUGAACCUGUUCCACAUGCAGAGCUUCUGAAGAAGGUAAAAGGAGCUCACGGUCUCCUGUGUCUGCUCUCAGAUCAGAUCGAUGCUGAGGUUCUUGAUGCAGCUGGACCCAACCUAAAGGUGAUCAGUACGAUGUCUGUGGGCUUUGACCACCUCGCCAUCAAUGAAAUCAAGAAGCGGGGUAUAAGGGUGGGCUACACCCCUGAUGUAUUGACCGAUGCUACAGCGGAGUUGACCGUUGCUCUUUUAUUGGCUACGGCUCGCCGCUUACCCGAGGGCAUCCAAGAGGUCAAAAGUGGAGGCUGGAGCUCAUGGAAGCCCCUGUGGUUGUGUGGUUACGGUCUCUCCGGCAGUACAGUCGGGGUUAUCGGCCUGGGACGGAUAGGUUUGGCCAUCGCACGGAGACUGAAGCCGUUCGGAGUUAAGCGUCUGCUGUAUUCAGGACGGCAGCCCAAACCUCAGGCUGGAGAAGUGGAUGGAGAACACGUGGCUCUGGACUCUCUGCUGUGUGAGAGUGAUUUCGUGGUGGUUUCGUGCUCUUUGAGCCCCGACACACAGCAGCUCUGUAACAAGGAGUUUUUCAGCAAAAUGAAGAACACUGCAGUUUUCAUCAACACCAGCAGAGGAGCGGUUGUAAACCAGGAGGAUCUGCUCGAAGCUCUCACCAGCGGUCAGAUCGCUGCAGCGGGUCUCGACGUGACCACGCCUGAGCCACUACCCACCGAUCAUCCGCUCCUCCGGCUCAACAACUGCGUGUGUGUGUGUGUGUGUUCGUUCUGUCUCGGGGGCGUCGCAGUGGUUCUCCCUCACAUCGGCAGCGCCACCUACUCCACGCGAGGCGUCAUGGCUCAACUCUCGGCCCAAAACCUGCUGUGUGGUCUGACUGGAGAUGCCAUGCCCAACGAACUGACGCUGUAACGCCUCCUAGUGGUGAUUGAUGGGAAACAACACUCCUCUUAACCCCUCAGAAGAGCAUCGCUGUCACAGAUCCAGAUGUUCCAGCUGCACUACUUUACUUUCAUCUUUAGAAUAAACGACUGUGACUUAAAUCAAUGAAUUAAAUUAAUUAAUAAAUAUUAUGUUCGUUGUGGAGAAAA